CAGGUGGAGGAUUCAAUACCGCCAGAAUCUUUGCCAAGAAGCUGAUGGUGUUCGUCUGUAGGUACCAACAAUCCACCAUUGACUAUACCACAUCGCAGCUGAUGAAAUCAUUGUGUGCUACUUCACCCCCUUCCAAACAUGUCAGCAGCUAUUUUGCUCCCAAAGCAGAUGAUGACUUUGUGGGUCAGUCUGUAACCGAGUCAGCCCGCAGGAAGAGGAAUAAGUUGAAGAAAGUUGCCAAAAGAACAAAGACAGAGGCUACUGGAUUGAAAGAGUAAAAAGUUCUCUGUGAUGAUGUGAUAGAAUCUGUUGAAGAGGCAAAGAAUGAUCAGGAUAAACAUGAACAUAAAAUGGCUCUGCAGUCAUCAUCAUCUGAUGACCUUAUGAUACCAAGCUUUCUUUAUAGCAAGGCAACACAUUCAACUAAGAUGAAAGAGUUGCCGCUGUCCAGUAGUAGUAGGCAGAACAAACUCAAUUCCCUAGGGAUGAAGGAUAAUGUUAUAGUCAUCUCCGAUGAUAGUUCAUCUGGAGAUGAUGAAGCCCUGAGUCACCACAACGACAACACCGUCUGUUUACCAAACGUCAGGCUGGUGAAAGAGUUGAAGAUCAAUGACAUGGUGUUAAGGACUCAUCGAAACAGGCGGUAUUUAAACGAAGUCUUUCUAGGCCAGAGAGCUUGUGAAAGGCACCAAUGUUACAAGAGAGGUGGGCCACACAGAAUUGGAAUGGGGAGUAGCGUUAGACUGGGACCAUUCUCAGAAGAUCAGAUGGAUGCAGUCAUGGGGGAACUGGUCAAGAUUUACUGCAACAAGCACAUUAAGUAUCUUGAUUAUGUAUCUAAAGUUCUUGUACCAGAGGCCAUGACAAAAAUAUACAUGGAUGUGCAUGGGGCUAGCCACACCCAUGCUGAAGAGGUCAUGAGAGGGGUGAAAAAGGAGUAUCCAAGGUCUUCUAGCUUAUCCAUCUAAAGUUCUACAUGAGACUAUCGUUAAUGUAUGGUCACAAAUACCUACGGACAGCAGAUGAACAAUUAUUGUCUCACCUUUUUGAAAUGACAGCAUAACUUCAAAAGUAUAUGGACCUAGUUCAUGAAACUUGGCCAUAAGGUUAAUCAAGUAUUACUGAAUAUCCUGCCUGAGUUUCAGGUCACAUGAGCAAAGGUCAAAGGUCAUCUAGUGUCAAUGAACUUAGACCAUUUUGGGGGAGUCAACAUCAAAAUCUUAACUUAGGGUUAUGUCUUUGAAAUGUCAUCAUAACUUAAAGAUAUAUGAACCUAGUCAUGAAACUUGGCCGUAAGGUCAAUCAAGUAUUACUGAAUAUUUUGUUAUGAGUUUCAGGUCACAUGAACAAGAUCAAAGGUCAUUCAGGGUCAAUGAACUUUGGCCAAGUUGGGGGUAUUUGUUAAAUUACCAUUAUAAGUUUGAAAGCUUAUUGGUCUAGUUCAUAAAACUUGGACAUAAAAGUAAUCAAGUAUCACUGAACAUCCCUGAAUUUUUAGGUCACAUGACCAAGGUCAAAGGUCAAUCAACUUUGGCCAUGUUUGAGGAUAUCUGUUGAAUUACCAUCAUAACUUUGAAAGUUUAUGGAUCUGAUUCAUGACAUUUAGACAUAAGAGUAAAUCAAGGAUCACUGAACAUCCUAUACGAGUUUCAGGUCACAAGAUCAAGGUCAAAGGUAAUUCAAGGUCGGUAAAACUUUAGCCAUGUUGGGGGGUAUCUGUUCAAUUGCCAUCAUAACUCUGUAAGUGUAUUGGUCUAGUUCAUAAAACUGGGAUGUCUUAAAAGUAAUAUCACUGAACAUCCUGUGCAAAUUUCAGGUCACAUGAACAAGGUCAAUGGACUUUGGCCAAGGGUAUUUGUUGAAUAACUAUCAUAACUAAAAAUGUAUGGAUCUAGUUCAUAAGACUUGGACAUAAGAGUAAUCAAGUAUAAUUGAACAUCUCAUUCAAGUUUCAGGUCACAUGACCAGAGUCAAAGGUUAUUUGAACUUUGGCCAUUUUGGAGGUAAUUAUUAUAAACUUUUUAAGUUUAUAGAUAUAGUUUAUAAAAUGUGGAUAUACAUGUAGGGAUAAUCAAGUAUCACAAGUCUUAGGUCACAUGGUCAAGGUCAAUGUCAUUUAUUGUCAAUGAACGUAGUAUUGUUUCAUUAUAUAAAUGUUUUUUUUUUGUGAAUAAUUAUUUUUUAGUAGUUUUAAAAGUCAAAAUUUCUGCUAUAUUGAAUCGUGUGAUGCAGGCGAGACUGCCAGAGGCGCUCAACUUGUUUAGUAUAGAAUCAUUUGUACUAUACGGUGUUCGUACAGGUAUCAGUGACCGUAGCACAAAAUUUAUGUUAUUUAUACAACAGAGACUUGGUAGAGUGUUUAGUGAAGCACUUUUUUUCACUGACUAAUUAAUUCUGAACCAAUCAGAUACAAGGAUUUUAGGAACUUAAAACAGUAGUCAGUGAAAUUCAUAUUUUGACUAUUUAUUUCAUGAAAUGCUCCCCGGGAGUAUGAAGUGCCAAAAUGCAAAACCAAAGAGGCUUUUUGUAUGUGUGUGAAUAAAAACUUCCAUAUUUCAAUUAUUUUUGUAACCUUAUGAUUAGCUUUCGGAAAGAUUCCUUGCAUUUUGUCUGAUUUAGCCCGAGUCUGGAAAUAUUUGAAACAUUAUUUGUGCAAUAAGUACAUAUAUAAGUUUAUUAUAUCUAGUUAAGUAUAUUUAAAAAGAGGUUGGAUUAAAAAAAGUUGUUUGGUCUUUCUUUAAAGCAUUCUUUGAUUCUUUAGAUGUAUAAUGUGGAAUUAGCCCAAGUCUGGCCACACAUGAAAUGUUUUUAUGUGUGCAAAAGCUUACAAUUAUUAGUUUAUUAUUUGUAAUUAUGGCUAUUAAAGUUUAUAUAUUUUUGGAAAGUUGUUUUGCCUUUUAAUACUUAAGACAUUUUUUGUCUCUUUAGAUUUAUAAUGUGGAAGUGUUUGGCCCAAAGUGAUCAUUAGCGUUUGAAGUAAAAUGUAUUAUAUAAUCAGUGAAAUAUAUAUAUUUUUCUUUUUCAUAAACUAUUAGACCAGAUGGGAGGAAUUCAUCGUUAUUAUUGCUUUUUAGUACCACUUGGUACAUUUUUGUCUCACCUGCAUAGCAGAGUGAGAAAAUAGCCACUGCUUUUCCGACGGCGGUGGCGAUUGCGUGUGCAGCGUCAACAUCAUAUCUUUACCCAAAGGUUAAGUUUUUGAAAUGACAGCAUAACUUAGAAAGUAUAUAGACUCAGUUUAUGAAACUUGGAUAUAAGUUUAAUCUUGUAUCACUGAACGUCCUGUGCGAGUUUCAGGUCACAUGACCAAGGUCAAACUUCAAUUAAGAUCAAUGAACUUUGGCCAAGUUGGGGGUAUUUGUUGAAUAGCUAUCAUAACUCUGAAAAUGUAUGAAUCUAAUUCAUAAAACUUGGACAUAAGAGUAAUCAAGUAUAACUGAACAUCUCACGCCAGUUUCAGGUCAUAUGAUAAAAGUCAAAGGUUAUUUAAGGUCAUUGAACUUUGGCCAUUUUGGAGGUAAUUAUUAGAUUGCUGCCAUAUCUUUCAAAGUUUAUAGAUAUAGUUUAUAAGAUGUGGAUAUAGGGGUAAUCAAGUAUCACAAGUCUUAGGUCGCAUGAUCUAGGGCAAAUGUCUUUUAUUGUCAAUGAACAUAGUAUUGUAUCAUUAUAUAAAUGGUGUUUUUAUUUAACAAUUAUUUUAUAGUAGUUUUGAAAGUCAGCACUCCUGCUAUAUUGAAUCAUGUGAUGCAGGUGAGACUGCCAGAGGCGCUCAACUUGUUUAUUAUAGAAUCAUUUGUACUAUACAGUGUUCAUACGGGUAUUAGUGACCGUAGCACAAAAUUUAUGUUAUUUAUACAACAGAGCCUUGGUAGAGUGUUUAGUGAAGCACUUUUUUUUCACUGACUAAUUCAUUCUGAACCAAUCAGAUACAAGGAUAUUAGGAACUUAAAACAGUAGUCAGUAAAUUCAUUGACUAUUUAUUUCAUGAAAUGCUCCCCAGGAGUAUGAAGUGUCAAAAUGCAAACCAAAGAGGCUUUUUGUAUGUGGGUGAAUAAAAACUUCCAUAUUUCAAUUAUUUUUGUAACCUUAUGAUUAGCUUUUGGAAAGAUUCCUUGCAUUUUGUCUGAUUUAGCCCGAGUCUGGAAAUAUUUGAAACAUUAUUUGUGCAAUAAGUACAUAUAUAAGUUUAUUAUAUCUAGUUAAGUAUAUUUAAAAAGAGGUUGGAUUUAAAAAAAGUUGUUUGGUUUUUCUUUAAAGCAUUCUUUGUUUCUUUAGAUGUAUAAUGUGGAAUUAGCCCGAGUCUGGCCACACAUGAAAUAUUUUGAUGUGUGCAAAAGCUUACAGUUAUUAGUUUAUUAUUUGUAUGUAAGUAUGGAUAUUAAAUUAUAUAUAUUUUUGGAAAGUUGUUUUGCCUUUUAAUACUUCAGACAUUUUUUGUCUCUUUAGAUUUAUAAUGUGGAAGUGUUUGGUGUUUGGCCUAAAGUGAUCAUUAGUAUUUGAAGUAAAAUGUAUUAUAUAAUCAGUGAAAUAUAUAUAUUUUUCUUUUUCAUAAACUAUUAGACCAGAUGGGAGGAAUUCAUCGUUACUAUUGCUUUUUAGUACCACUUAGUACAUUUUUGUCUCACCUGCAUAGCAGAGUGAGAAAAUAGGCACUGCUUUUCCGACGGGGGUGGCGAUUGCGUGUGCAGCGUCAACAUCAAAUCUUUACCCAAAGGUUAAGUUUUUGAAAUGACAGCAUAACUUAGAAAGUAUAUGGACCUAGUUUAUGAAACUUGGAUAUAAGUUUAAUCUAGUAUCACUGAACGUCCUGUGCGAGUUUCAGGUCACAUGACCAAGGUCAAAUUUAAAUUAAGAUCAAUGAACUUUGGCCAACUUGGGGGUAUUUGUUGAAUAGCUAUCAUAACUCUGAAAUUGUACGAAUCUAAUUCAUAAAACUUGGACAUACGAGUAAUCAACUAUAACUGAACAUCUCAUGCGAGUUUCAGGUCACACAAUAAAAGUCAAAGGUUAUUUAAGUUCAUUGAACUUUGGCCAUUUUGGAGGUAAUUAUUAGAUUGCUGCCAUAUCUUUCAAAGUUUAUAGAUAUAGUUUAUAAGAUGUGGAUAUAGGGGUAAUCAAGUAUCACAAGUCUUAGGUCGCAUGAUCAAGGGCAAAUGUCUUUUAUCGUCAAUGAACGUAUUAUUGUAUCAUUAUAUAAAUGGUGUUUUUGUGAAUGAUUAUUUUAUAGUAGUUUUGAAAGUUAGCACUCCUGCUAUAUUGAAUCGUGUGAUGCAGGUGAGACUGCCAGAGGCGCUCAAGUUGUUUAGUAUAGAAUCAUUUGUACUAUACGGUGUUCAUACAGGAAUCAGUGACCGUAGCACACAAUUUAUGUUAUACAACAGAGCCUUGGUGGAGUAUUUAGUGAAGCACUUGCCAGUGGUUUUCACUGACUAAUUCAUUCUGAACCAAUCAGAUACAAGGAUUUCAGGAACUUAGAACAGUAGUCAGUGAAAGGUCAUAUUUUUUUCAUAUUAUAUUAUGAAAUUCAUAUAUUUAUUUCAUUAAAUGCUCCCCGGGAGUAUGAAGUGCCAAAAUGCAAACCAAAGAGGCUUUUUGUAUGUGUGUGAAUAAAAACUUCCAUAUUUCAAUUAUUUUUGUAACCUUAUGAUUAGCUUUCGGAAAGAUUCCUUGCAUUUUGUCUGAUUUAGCCCAAGUCUGGAAAUAUUUGAAACAUUAUUUGUGCAAUAAGUACAUAUAUAAGUUUAUUAUAUCUAGUUAAGUAUAUUUAAAAAGAGGUUGGAUUUAAAAAAAGUUGUUUGGUCUUUCUUUAAAGCAUUCUUUGUUUCUUUAGAUGUAUAAUGUGGAAUUAGCCCGAGUCUGGCCACACAUGAAAUAUUUUGAUGUGUGCAAAAGCUUACAAUUAUUAGUUUAUUAUUUGUAUGUAAGUAUGGAUAUUAAAGUUCAUAUAUUCUUUGAAA